AUGCCCCCUCCGUCGCAGCGCCGCCGGCGAACAGGCAACCAUGACGACGAGAACGACACACGCCGACGCCGCCAAUCGCGAAAGAACAACCAGUCCGACGACGACGACGACGACGAGCUGUCCGACAAAGAGCAGGACGGCGACGUAGACCUGAAGCCAGCAGCUGCCGACGGCACCGGCGACCAGCUGGUCAAGAAGCUGGUGCGCUACGCCCUGGCAUGCGAAUACGCGAGGGUACCAAUCAAGAGGGAUGGUAUACGGGACAAAGUCCUGGGGAACAAUGCGCGCUCGUUCAAGCGAGUCUUCGACGCCGCCCAGGACCAGCUUCAGAAGGUCUUUGGCAUGGAGAUGUCCGAGUUGCCUGUUCGAGAGAAGCGCACCCUCAAGGAAAAGCAGAAGGCUACAGCCAGGAAGGCGACCUCGCAAGCCAGCACCUCCUCCCGACAGUACAUCCUGAUCUCCUCCUUGCCGCGCGAGUACAGGGCACAGCCCAUCAUCGGCCCGUCACGCAUACCCAGCUCGUCCGACGAGGCCGCCUACGUCGGCUUCUACACCAUGGUCAUCUCCCUCAUCGUGCUCACGGGAGGAGAGCUGAGCGACGUGAAACUACGACGCUACUUGACACGCCUCAACGCGAGCCAGAACCUGCCCGUGGGCAAGACCGACGAUGUGCUGCAGAGAAUAGUCAGACAAGGCUACGUAGACAAGGUGACCGAGAAGGCCGAAGCAGAGGAGGACAUAGUCACCUGGUGCGUCGGACCGCGGGGCCGCGUCGAGGUGCCGCCCCCGACCAUCGCCGCCGUCGUGCGCCAGGUCUGGGGCGAGCUGCCCGACGACUUUGAUAUCAGGAUUGAGAGGAGUCUGGGCAUUCAGAGGGCAGACCGACUGCAGGGCGCGAAUGGCACAGCCGAAGAACAGGACGAGGAAGGGUGA